AUCCCGGUCAGGAAAGUUUGCUCGGAGAAGCUCCAUCAUUAUAGAGUCUGCUGGGACUGCUGGCGGUGAUGAGGUCGGCUCUGUUGCACGUCUCCGUGCCCUUCGUGCUCUGUGUCGCCUUGGCGAACACCAACCUGUUCCGCGAAGUUAAAGUGGACUUGACGUACGAGCAUUAUGCAGAGGAACGGGUUGAAUAUUUGCCUGCUUUCCUGGCGAUGCCCUGUAACUGCCUGGUUAAUGUGGCUUAUGUGUGCGUGGGACUGUACUGGCUGCUGUGGCACAGAAGCGACAGAGAGCCGGAGCGCAGCCGCUACAUGAGGGAGGUCUUCGCACUCAUGGCUGUUUUUUACGCGCCCGUACAGUGGACGCGCCUUGCGAUGCUGCGGCGCGCUCCCGCUGUCCUCGACCAGUGGUUUACUUUACCGAUCUUCGCGUGGGUUCCCGUGUGGAUCGACUUCAUAGAGAGGCAGCAGGCGAUGUGGCGCGCGUCACAUGCGGCGGCGCUCGAACUCGGAUCUCUCCUCAGCUACGGCCUGGCGCUAGCGCACGAGCGGGGCUUCGAGGCGGCGCUCGCUUGUCACGUUGUUUAUGCGGUGUACAAAGGAGUUCGCGUGCAGCGGACGCACGGAGACGUUCGCACGCGGAGAUACCUCGUGCUGGCCAUGCUGUCAUGUGGAGGCUUCGUGCUGCUGAAGCUGCUGGAUCACUACCUGUCUCAGUACCGUUUGUUUCAGCGGUUCACCGGACACUUCUGGUCCAAAGUGUGCGACGUGCUGCAGUUUCACUUCAGCUUCUGUUUCCUGACCGCUCUGACGCACAGUGCGCAGGCGAAGCCCGAGCGACAGCAGCAGUGAUAACCCGCGACUCUGAGGAAGAGCCGAGACAUUCUUAAUUUCAGUGUGAUUACAAAGAAUUCAUCGCAAAUACACAACGUUCUUUGGCAGCAGGUGUUCCAGGUCACCAGCUGUGCUUUCAUUCUGGCUCAUUAUACACAGAAACCGCCUUCAUCUCAAAAGAAAAGAAGACAACAAAACCUCACAUUAAGUCCAACAGGUCAGCUUUACUUCCAGACAUCGUGAGGCUGAUAGUAUGUUAGAUAUGCAGCUUUGCUCUUGGCUCCAACUGUAACAGCAAUAAUUAAAAACUAUAAAAUAGGAAGAGAGUGAUGUCAGUGUGAGGGCAGCACAAAGAAAACCACUCUCUCAAAUCCCACUGCCCCCCAAACCAAACAAAAAAGCAUCUGUAUAAAUGUUGUGUGGACAGAGAGAUGAAGGCUGGACUGUGGUGCACAGCGGUGUGAUGGGAGGAAACAGUAACACGGAGCCUGCUCCCUCUGUUCUGCUGCAGGAGGGAAAGACUCUUCAUUACCUUACUAAGUUCAGCAGUGCACUUUAUUCUUCAGCUUGCAGACUGAUUGUGUAAAAUAAAGAAAAGUAUGAGUGUUUGUGUGUUAUUACUUUGAUAUGUCUGUGUUUGUAAUCGUGAUAGAACAUAUUCACUAAGUUUGUCUUCCAGCUGACAAACAACAGAGCGCUCCAUUUCAUUACCUGCCCAGUUACACCCAGUGAGGACAGGGGGUAUGUUUGGUGCAGUCUAGGGCUGCAGUUAUCCAUUAUUUUAGUAAUCAAGUAUUCUAUCUUUUAUUCCAUUGAUUAAUUGAGAAUUCGA